UUUUGAUUGGUUAGAAAUGAGUCCUUGACGUUCAGUCAUAAAAAACAACACAUUUUGGAUGAUUUGGAACUAAACACACGUUUUAGUGAGUGACAAAUUCAUGCUGUUCAGAGCAGGAUCCAGGGAUGCAGUAGCUGGGAUAAGCAAUGAAAAUCCCCACCCCACAUAGUGACCAACCCAUCUUUGUUGCAAACAAUUUAUUCAAUACACAGCCACUGAGAUCGGAUGCAUCCAUGGAUAGAAACAAGAAGAUUGUAAAUGUAGGCCUAAAACGUCCGGUACCGCAAGGUGCCCGAACGUUUGGAGUCCCGCUUUCUGACCUCGUUAGUCGAGCACCCAAGGGAUACCGCGUGCCGUUCAUCGUGAAGAAGAUCUGCUCCCAUAUCCAACACCAUGGAAUUAAUGAGGAGGGCAUAUUCCGGCUGAGUGGAAGCCAUGCCACGAUGGAGAGGCUGAGGGCCCAGUUUGAUCUGCGCGGGGACGCCAGCCUUGAGGAGUGCGGGGACAUCAUGGCCAUCGCGGGCAUGCUCAAGGUGUUCCUAAGGGAGAUGCCAGAGGCCACCAUACCUGACAGAAUGACCGCUCAGUUCCUUGCCAUACAUGAAAGGUUCCCAAAGGACCCCAAGUCAUGCGUAACUCACCUGAAACCCUUGCUGAAGGAGCUGCCAGAGGAACACUACGAUCUCCUCAAGCACGUGAUACGCUUCCUGGCCAUUGUAGCGUGCAACGAGCAGGUCAACAAGAUGAGUCCCAUGGCCCUGGCCAUCGUGUUUGGACCCAAUCUGUUCAUGUCAGGCAAGGGAUUCAUGGCACUGAAAGACCAGGGCACCAUGAACCAGAUCAUUUACCGAUUCAUUGUGGACUACAACGCGCUGUUCAAGGAAGCUGACGAGGACCCUCCUAGCGUGUACUGGGAGAGGAAAAAGAACAAUAAAGUCCCUGACCGUCCUCCCCCACCCAAAUUGAGUAUCACCGAGCCCGAGGUAUCGAGCCCGAAACCCACACCUCUACCCAGGAAGACGAAGUUGAAGAGUUUCGAGGGAAACCAGGUGCCGGACAUAGAGGAACCAGACCACAGUGAGAGUUCCAUUUCCUCUAAGGGACGCAACUCUCACUCCCACAACAGCUUCAGUUUCAGUGAUGAAGAAAUGACUGGCAGAUUGUCUCCCUUUCAUUUGGAUAGUGAAAGUGGAUACAGUCUGGUAGAAUCUCCGGUGCCAUCUGCACGGACUUCAGAGUUCGUGGAUAAAGCCAUAAAAGCAACUGUGAUAGGCCACCUGUUUGGUGACGACACAUCUCUCUUGAAUGCCAGCAUCGACACCACAAUACAAGAGGAUCCGCUCAAAGCUGACGAAGGGCUUAUUGACCCAAAUCCUGAUCUCCAACUUACCCCAACUAAUGUUCCAUCAAGUGUGAAGUCUCGUGUGCAGGCAUUUGAAAACAACCAGUUGGAUGUGCCGAGCCAAACAUCCAAAGUUUUAAAGCCAAAGACCUCUUCAAAGCCCACUGAAUUGUUUGAAGGCAAAGGCCCCGUAGUGUCUCAGUUACCAGUUGCAGCCAGUACUGGCAUUUCAGAUUCCAGGGAGAAGGGAAAAGAGCAAUUUGAGGCCGUCAAUCGGACCUCAGAUCCCCUGCAAAAUUUCAAGAGAUCAGCAGGUCCACAGAAUCGGCGCACACCGAGUCGGACUUUACGGCGUAACUCAUUCAGCGACACUGACGAGGAGGUGAUGGAUGCCCAGGAGGACGGCGUGGAACUAAUCUCGAACGGGCACGCGUCAGACCGUGGACAUCUCGAUCCGCGCAUGGACAGUGACACCGGACUCCUGGAGAAGCCGUCCCGUAUCGCUUUCUUGGACAUCCGGCACGAUAACACAAAUAUAAAUGAUAGGUCUCCUACCAUGAAUGCUAAGCCGUUUGUUCCACCGCUGGAUUUCUCAACGCUCCAUGAGAAUGUUGGUGGACAGGAUCCUAUUCUUGCACACAAGGCCCAGGCGGCCACCUAUCAAAGGGCUGCCAUGUUGGUUGUGCCGGAAACGCAAAACGAUAAGGAGGAUCAUGAAAACGAUGAACCGUCGCCACAUUCGAACAAAGUGAAGCGGAAGGCUGGCACGUCGGUUGACAACGAAGAUUUACCGUUUUCACAAGUGGAUCAGGCUUUGUACAAAUCCCACAGUCAUGGUAGUACUGAUGACGAGUUAACGUCAAAGAUGAAGGGUCAGAUGAGAAGAAUACAAGGCCUAAAAAAGAAGAUAAGACAGUUUGAAGAUGUAUUUGAAAAAGAACAUGGCUUUAAGCCAUCACAUGCAGAGAAGGCUUCCAAACCAGAAAUCAAGAAGUUUAUGGCAGAACUCAGUAGAGCAAGAAAGGAAGCAAAACGUCUCAAGGAGGAGGCUGAGAUGGGAUCCCGGUCUCGUCACGGCAGCGGUGCUUCCUCCACAGGGGAGAGAAUAGAGCCACCAGACUUACCUCCCUCGAUGGGUCAGACCCUGGACAUGAUACUCAAGAGGCUGCAUGAGAAACGCAAAGACUUCCAUCGGCCCGAGGACAUUGAGCUGAUGAACCAUGAGCAGGUUCAGGAGGAGAAACUUGCAGUACAGAAAGCCUUGCUGCAUUUUGAGGGCAUUCACGGACGACCGAAAUCCAGAGAUGAGAAGGACCUGAUGCGGCCACUGUACGAUCGGUACCGCACCAUCAAGCGUCUCCUGUCUCGACAACCCAUGUCUCCCAGAGGUAAUUUAGAGUUGCAACCUGUGCCAGAGGACCGACCAAUUGAUAUAAACUCAAAAUAUACUGACCGAUUCCUUGACGAGAAAUCCCCUAUUCACGUUCCAACGGCUGCGAUGGAUAACGAUGACGAAGAUGAAGAGGCAGCACACGGCUUUGGAACGAUGGACUUUGCUGUCACGCGUGACUUGUCUUCCAUCCUCAAGACACGGCCGACCGCCGUGGAGAACCAGGGACCCCAUUCCCCGAAGGCACGACGGAAACUGGAGAUGCAGGAGAACAGCAAGAACACUAACAACCAGUAUUCCGAUUCAAACCUUCACGAGUUAUCAGUGCCACAACUUCAAGAUGAGUUAAUAAAGUCUCGAAACACUAAAAAGCACCUUCGUAAAAAAUUGCGUGACUUUGAGGAAGGCUUUACCAGACAGACAGGAAGAAAGGUUGGACGGGAAGACAGAAUGCCUAUGCAAACAGAGUAUAAUGAAUAUAAGCAACUAAAAGCGCGACUGAAGCUGUUAGAAGCACUCAUGUCGAAGCAUCAGCACUCAGAAGUAUAGCAUUACACCUGGACUUAAAGGACUAGUGAAGGCAGAUGUUUAUUAUUUGUUCCACUUGGUACAACACCAAGAUCAGUGUGGAAGAUAUUGUACCAAGAAGAAAAAUAGAGGACUGUAAUGACACCCUAGAAUAAGCUGCUGAAACAUUUGAUUGACAUUUGAGCUCACAGUUGUUACAUUUUUGAUGGGAAUUUAAACAUAAAACCCUUCAACAGUCAUGGCAUUUUAUAUGAAUAAUAAUGCCUGAAUUGUGUUUCUUUUGUGCUACAUACAUUGACAUUAACAUUAUUUGGAUCCUAAUAUACUUUGAUUCUGUCAGUGAAACAAUCUUAAACAUUUACACAAAUGAAUAGGUCCAUUGAAGCAACUGACAAGCUUAAUGUAACCAUAGGAAAUAAAUGUAAAGGGGAAAAGAACCACACGGAAAUAACUGUUAAGAUGAAUACAUCUAUAAUCAUCUGAAAGGACUGCUGAGAUGUAUAGGACCAGGUGAGAUAACUGUGAAGAUUUAUGGAAUCAUUGGAAACAACUGUUAGUUGUGCAGUGGUGAAUAACUGUAAAGAUGAAUAGAACCAUGGGAAAUACCAAUAAAGAUCAAUCAACCAUUAGAAACAACUGAAGCAAUGAAUAGAACCCUGGGAAUUAACCAUUGGAAAUACCAAUACAGGUAAAUGGAACCAUUAGAAACAACUGUAAAGAUGAAUAAACCAUGGGAAAUACCAUGACAGGUAUAUGGAACCAUUAGAAACAACUGUAAAGAUUAAUAGAACCAUGGACAAUAAUUGAAAAGAUUGAUGGAUCCAUUUGAAACAAUUGUACAUAUGAAUGCAGACCUCAGAAAUACAUGCAUACAAUUACUUACUGCAUUUUGCGUCAAUCCUUUGUCAUGAGUUUUACAUGUCUUUGCAAUUAUUUUAAACCUUCAUGUUAUUUCUCAUCCAUUUUAACACUCUAGUUCAAGAUAUAUAAUAUUGAAAAAUAUUUUUAGUUAUGAGAUCUUUUUAUAGAUUAUAUAAUGAAAAGAAUACUUGAAGUAAUUCUUUUUGGAUAAAAAUGCUUGUUUCUGAAAUAUGCUGCUCAAUUUUAUUUGUAUUCUGUGCCAUUUCAGAUCUGUUAUAAUUUGAUACUAUUUGAUAUUUGAUACUAUUGAGUUUGUCAACAAGGUUUAUUAAUAGUCCUGUUUAAACUGGUGCAUAUAUGUAUUGCACUAGAGGGUAUUAAAGAAACAUAAAUUGUUUGUAAAUGUGCAGACAUUAAAAUAAAAGCCUAAGUAAAAAUGAAAAGAUUAGUUUUGAGAAAAUGAAACUUGAACACAUCACUUGAUUUGUAUAUAUUAAUUACAGUUUCAACUCGUCAUAUAGUACAUUAAUGUGCUUAUUUCAGAUUACUUAUAUUGGCCAAAUAUGUGCAUACCAGUUUUCGCCUAUUUAUUGUUAUUGCGUACAAGUUUGACUUUGUCUAGUCAACAAAUGAUGUCAAAUGGAGUUUAUAGGGACCUUUUCACGUUUUUGUAACUUGACAAAAGUAAAAAAUAUUGUUUCACAUUUGCACAUGUUCGUUGUUGUUACGAUAUUUGCGAGGAAACAGUAAUGCAGAACAUUUACCAUGCUCUAAAAUAUCCAUUAUAUGCAUCUUUUGACGAUUAAAAAACCUGAAAAUUAUAAAGCCUAAUAAACGCGAAACAAUUGUAUAAUUGGGAUAUUUUUAUUGUUAUCGUUGUAUUUUGUGACAUGACAAGGAUUUCGUAGAUAUGGUAUAAAAUACACCACCUAGCAUGUAAGCACGGAUGGCCAAGUGGUAUUAGCGCUAGACUUUCUCUCCAAGGGUCAGUGGUUUGAGCCCAGUUAUGGAUUUUUUUCUUUCUUUUAUUUUAUGCUUGUUUUAUACUGGAUAUAUUUAGUUCCAAUGUUUACAUUUAUCAAUUUAUAGCAUUUAAUGUCAAACUUCAAAACAUGCCAAAAUCUAUGAAAAGUUUCCUUUAGAAUGUGAAGUGACAAAAUGUUUGCAGCUGAUUGACACAUUUUUGCACUCACUAGUCCAUCUUUUUGACCAUUAUUUGUGAUUAUUGAAUGUGACUUUUGAGAAAAAUUCGCUGUGUUUGUACAAAAGAACAUACAAUUUUGCAGAUGAUCUUCACAAAGUGUUAUAUUUCUUGUACAAGGCACAGUUCGAAUGUGGAAAUUUAUUUGCUAACAUUAUUAUGUUUUGCACUUGCCAAAGUUAUAUUGUUUGUUUACAGAAAUAUUUGUUUGUUGUUACACACAGGCUUACAUUAAUUUAUAAACCAUGUUUUGAAGUCCCAUGUGAGUAUAUCAGGCUUCCAUUCAACAUAAGUCUCCCAGUCUUUAAGACUAUCACUAUAUGUUAGCCCAAGAAAGUUUCUGUGAAUUACUAUACCUGUACAUUAGCUAUAAAAUCACAAGUCUACCAAUAUAUAAGUUUGUCACUACAUAAGUGAACCAGUUUAUAAUUUUGUACUCAUAAGGUCUACCAGUCUAUUAAGUAAACAGGGCUACCAGUCUAUUAACUCUUGCAGUUCACUAUUGUACCACUUCAUACGGGAGGCAGAAAACUACAACGGGCGAGGCAUGGUAUGGUAUUGCGCAAGGGGGGGUUAGAGGGUUAGGGUUUGGGUUAGUGUUAGGGGUCGGGUUAGGUUUUGGGUUAGCCUAAACCCAACCCUAACCCGACCCCUAACCCUUACCCUUACCCUAACCCUUUUUUGGGGUUAUCACCCCUGAUCAUGCCUCGCCCGUUGUAGUUUUCCGCCUCCCACUUCAUACGAAUAUAGCUCUUAAUGCUGCAAGUAAAGAAAUUCAUCCCUCCAUAAGUCAUCUAGUUUAUUAGUUUAUAAUGUUUCUCAACAACAAAUCUAGUUUUACAUUGCACUAGUCUUUCAAGAACUCUACCUGUCAACCAAUCUGUAUGUCACAACGUGUGUUACAAUAUUUGUUUUUCAUACUAUUUUGAUAAAAUAUAGGAGAUGAUAGCUUAGUUACAAAAGCAGGCUCAAUUUAUCUGUACAUGUGUUUGUUUCUUAAAUUAAUCAAAUGGGAUUUGGUUCUAGUUUUGCACACAAACUAGUUUUAUAGUAGAUUUGUUAUUUCUAUUGGUGGAUGGUUCUGUGGUCUAUAUUGUUAUUUUGGUGGAUCUUGGAAAAUAGUGAAUUCCCAACAUAAGUAAAAUGGAUAUGUUUGAUAUUAGUGAUUAUGAACAUGUUUUAUGAUAAUCAUAAAAUUAGUUGUUGACUUGUUAAGUUUAAAACAGUUCAAAGUUUAUUUAUAAUUUCUUUGCACAUAUUAAGUGAGAAUGCUUGUUUAGGCACUUGCACAUACCCAUGACCUUCAUUUUCUUUUACUGUUUCAUUAUUUGUAUUGCUUUUUAUUUUUUGAAAAACAAAACAAUGAGAAGACUAAAAUAUAGCUAAUAAGUUGUAAAACUGUUACAAUACUAUUGUUUUGGCAACAGUAACUAAUUUUGAUUGAUUGGAAAUGUACAAGGUAUCUUGUACAAAUUGCCAUGUUUGUUUGAUAUUAUUUUUCGCCAACAUGUUGCUAUAAUUAUUUCAAUAGUAUCGAAUUCUUAAAAAUAUUUUUUACCAAGAGAAAACUUAAAAAAAGAUUAUUAAUGUAUUAAACUAAGUUAAACCAUAUCAUACAGACAUAUAUCAAUGCUUAAAAACAGUAAACAAAUAUUUUGAAUUGAGUUGUCAUUUGGUAUUUUAAAAAGUUAAUACAAUAUCACUCUGACGUUCUAGGGAUAUAUGUUAUCUAAAAUGUGUUGUUUUACAAGAUUUCAUGACAUUCGAUCUUGAUUUAUGUUUAAUAACUUGUUUCAAAUAGUGCUGAUGUAUUGCCAAAGGAAAUGUUCAAUUGUUCAAACAUAAAUUGAUAAAUUAUUUAUAACCUUAGCAAGAGCAUAUGUUUGCCAUGAAUUUUGUAUAUUAAAUACAUGCAACAAAAUUUAACCACAGUCUAAGAAAUAGUUCAAGAAAUUCUUGUAUAUGUUUUAAAUGAAAGAUAAUAUUAAACAUGUACAUGUUAAUAUCAGUAUUUCAAUUUUUUUUUUUUUAAAGUUCUUGCAUUUUGUUGUGUCUGUUCAAUUACGACGAAGUGAGGUCCAAACUGUACAAAACCAGCCUUUGUUAAUGAAAAACGAUGUUCAAGUAUGGUUGGUGAAUACUUUAUAGGUUUAUAUUAUUUAUAGCUUUUAUAUAUACAAUCAAUGCCCAGUAUGUCUAUUUUUCUGUGAACAAUUAUGUUGAAUAAUAAAAAGUAAAUAUUA